GACAACAGAUCAGCGGACGGAGGGAGUAGUUUUUGGGGGGGUGAAACAGUUUUGUGUGGAGGGUCCAGACGAGGACAGUCGAAGGAGCGCGCCGGCUGCUGCGUCGUGCGCCCUGGACACGAUUCCCUGAGCCACUGCGUCCUGGUGCUGCGCUUUCAUUACCCGGUGCUGGUGAAACCAGUGGGUAUCCUUCCCUACAGAGGGAACACUGAAGGAACACCAUGGCCUUAGCGGGAUGCCCUGACUACUUCUUACGUCACCCAAACUACCAGGAAAGUAUGGACCGCACUUCCUCUCACCGGCCUGAGGAGCUUAUUGUUCCAGGCUUCCAGCGUUCAGCCAAUCAAAAUUUGCCACAUCACCAUGACGACGAUGUGGACCUGGAGCAGCUGGUGAAUGAGAUGAACUCCUCCAUGGAGAGCGUGUACUCCACGCAGGCCGACACUGCGCUCCUCUUGAACAACGGCCACAUGCACACUCCGCACUACCACCACCACCAGCAGCAUGUGCACGGCGCCUACCCGGGACACGGCCAGGCCCACCGCCGUCACACCCCGCCUCUGCCCCCGCCCUCACCCUCCAAGGAGAGGCUGCGGCACUCACAGCCCAUGCACAUCCAGGCCGUCAGGUGCCUGCAGGAAGAGCAGCAACUGCGUCCAGCCUCCCUGCCAGCCAUUCCCAACCCAUUCCCUGAACUCUGCAGCCCAGCAGGCUCCCCUGUCCUCAGCACCAUACAGAGCUCUGACAACCAUAUAGUGAAGGUGUGGAGCGAGGAUGGGGCCGGAAAAGUGGUGGAGAUCCCAGCAGACAUGACGGCCAGAGACGUCUGCCAGCUCCUGGUCUACAAGAGCCACUGUCUGGACGACAACGCCUGGACACUGGUCGAGCACCACCCCAUCCUCGGCCUUGAGAGGUGUCUGGAAGACCAUGAGCUGGUGGUCCAGGUUCAAGCCUCCAUGAGCAGCGACAGUAAAUUCCUCUUCAGGAAGAACUAUGCCAAAUAUGAAUUCUUCAGGAACCCCCUGAACUUUUUUCCAGAGCAGAUGGUGGCUUGGUGUCAGGAGUCCGAUGGAUCAAUCCCUCAGUCACAGCUCUUACAGAACUUUCUGAACUCAAGCAGUUGUCCAGAGAUCCAGGGCUAUCUGCACAUCAAGGAGCCUGGACGCAAGUCCUGGAAGAAGCUCUACAUGUUUCUGCGACGCUCGGGUCUCUACUAUUCUACUAAAGGAACAUCCAAGGAGCCCCGGCAUCUGCAGCUGCUGUCAGACUUGGAAGACAGUAACAUUUUCACCAUCAUCACAGGCAGAAAACUUCACAAUGCCCCGACAGACUACCAGUUCUGCAUCAAGCCCAGCAAAGGGAGGAGUGACUGUAAGGAGCUGAAGAUGCUGUGUGCGGAGGACGAGCAGAGCAGGACCUGCUGGAUGACGGCUUUCAGGCUCCUCAAAUACGGGAUAGUCCUGUAUCAAAGCUACAACAUCCCGCAGCAGAGGAAGUCCAACCUCCUGCCCUUCUCUGCGCCUGUGCGGAGCGUGUCUGAGAACUCCUUGGUUGCCAUGGACUUCUCUGGACGGACCGGCCGCGUCAUAGACAACCCUGUCGAGGCCCAGAGUGCCGCCCUGGAGGAGGGACAGACCUGGAGGAAACGGAGCCAGCGUAUGAAUGUCCUGGGCAGUCCCAGCCCCCUGCACCCUUCCUCCCUGAGCACAGUGAUCCACAGGACACAGGUAUGGUUUCAUGGUCGCAUCAUGAGAGAGGAGGCCCACAGAAUGAUCAUACAACAAGGCCAAGUAGACGGGUUGUUCCUGUUGCGGGACAGUCAGAGUAAUCCCAAAGCAUUCGUGCUCACCUUGUGCCACCACCAGAAGAUCAAGCACUUCCAGAUCCUACCGUGUGAGGAGGACGGUCAGGUGUUCUUCAGCCUCGACGACGGCGCCACCAAGUUCACCGACCUGAUCCACCUGGUGGAGUUCUACCAGCUCAACAGAGGAGUGCUGCCCUGCAAGCUCAAACACCCCUGCACCACUGUGGCCUUGUGACACUCCAGCCCCUCCCCCUUCACACACACACCUCCACCCUUUUUUUUUGCACACCUAUCUCCCCGAGAGCCUGCCCAACGUCCCCCACCCCAACCCAUCUGCCCCUCCCUCACCAACGCAAUGAGGUCGAGGAGACAGAGAAAAGUUAAUGUCGAGUUUUGGGGAUAUGAACAACUCAGCAGAAGCCGCCGUUUCAGGUUUGAUGUCCCCAAUGUGCUAUGCUUUUCUCUGCCUUGCCGCUGUUUGGAUGUGUGGAUGGGAACCAUUUGAAAGGUCCAAGCGUUGCAGAUUGUGGACCUGACAGUCGCCCAACUCCUGCGAUUUUAUCACAGAGACUUGUCUGUUUAUAUCAAUACAAUGUUGACCCUUGAGAGAGACCAUUCAUUGUGAAAACACAGGACGGCGAUGAUCUGUUCAGCUACGGGUCUCUCAGAUGGAUCCCUCCUUUAAAGUCCCUCAACCUUCCACCCCCAUCCUCCAGGCCUGAUAAGCUGUGGUUCCUGCCCACCCUCGCCCCCUCACUACAGAGGCAGGCAGGAAACGCCACCCUCUGACUUCCUCAUCAAUCAUCAGGGAUGGACAGGAACCUCUCUGGGUCUUAUCAAACUCGAUCCAAGAGUUUUCUCAACCUGUGCAGUCCAGUCUGGAUAAGCUGAUCCCCCGCCCCCCCUCCACCCGCAGCAGACUUGACGCAGCGUCUCUGCUGUGUCUUACCCCACGAUCCCAAAAACCCCUGGUGCAACCCCCGAUCCCCGCCUCCACACGAGCUCAGACAAAAAGUCGGAGGAGAAAAGAGAAGUGGCUGAAGGCUAGAUAAGCAGAGCAGUGGCGAGGGUUUGCUGAAAGGGCAGAGGAAUGUUUAUCAGGGAGGCUGUAACAAGCCUCUCUUGUAGAGUUGAUUACUUGAUGUCAUUUUAAUGCUGUUUAAUUACUGUUGAUUCAAUGCAGAACUAGUUUUGCACUCCUGGGCGGACAGACGACAGCUGUUCUCUCUAGCUAAAUGAACCUGGCUGCUCUCCAUUGGUCGUCCUCCUCUUCCUCCUUCACCCCGCCCUUCUGAAUAGCAUGCAUGUAAAUUUCCACCAGCUCUGAUUGGAUUACAGUGGCGUGGGAGCAAAGAGAGUCGUGGCUGAUUAUGCAGUGCCUUUCAGAAAGGUUUGGGAACAUCUUGGACCUACGUGUGGCUUAUACCGACAUGACUACACCACGGAUAAAAAAGAAUGUGCUUUUGAACCGGCUGUUACACGACAGUGAGGAGGAGGAGGAAGAACGGUUCAAUAGACUCCUAAAAAGUGUGUUCACCCUCCAGCUUCUACCAUUUCAGUCAUUUUUUCUAAAUCGAAGGGUUAAAUCUGUUGUUGAAUUUAUCUUUGAAUGUCAUUUUCUCUUCCUAAGUCUGUUCUGAUCUCACUGCUUGCACAUUUUAAUUCUCCUAAUUUGAUAAUGAUGAGUUGGAGCUGUCACGUUCGGAUUCUGACCACUGUUCCCACACUCCAGAAAAGACAAAUCAACAAAAGCACUCCCAUGACUUUUUUGUGUUUGAAUAUGGAAUUGAACAAAUGACUUGAAAUGUGAACUCGGACAACUGGGUGUCCAGACGCGGUCGACUGAGCUUCACUCGCCUUAAGUGAAAAUCGUGAGCUUUGUGUAUGAAAUAGAAGCUGUAUAAAAAUGCACAUACAGUAACACAUCUAAGACUUUUAAGAUUCAACAACAUCGUGAGUUUUUAAGGUUAUGUUAAAGAAGAAGUUUCAAAUUUGUGGAAAUGCUCUUCAUCUCUUUCUUGCCAACAGUUUAACAAGGAUAUGGAUACCACUCUCAUGUCUGCACGCUAGAGAAGAAGCUACUGUCAGCAGGUGAUAAAACGUACCUACCAGUUCCUCUAAAACUCACAGGUUAAUAUGUUGUGUUUUGCUCGUUAAAUCUGUUUAAUAGCCUAAAUGUAAAAACAAGACUUUGAGGCUUCAUUCAAGGCAAUGUAAGUUAACCAGCUGCUGACUGUAGUUUCAUACAUUUUUAAUGUACAGAGAGUGGCAUUGACCCUAUCAUCAAACCCCCAACAAGAAAGUAUUAUUUCCACUCAUCUCAUACUACAGGUGAUGCAAGGGCCCUGUUUUCCUGUCUGGUGCUGUGUUACUUCUGCAGAUAUUUGACAGAAAGUGUAACUUAAUUUGCCAGCAGCUGCGUGGUCGCCUGGUGGUGUCACCGGUUAACGUCACGUUGUGGUGUCAGUCCCUCUGAGGCAAACAGUUAGGAAGUCUUUCCUGAACAAUCACCCAGAGAGAAAUCCAUCAUGGUCGAGCCAAGUCCUCCACCGUUAUGAGGGAUGAUUCAAUGUGGACAGAAAAUAAAGUGGCAACUAUUUGGAUAAUCAGUGAUUGGUUUUUGCAGCAAAAUGCCCCAAAAAACUGCAGUGAUUAUUUUCGCAAAUAGGGAUUUAUUGAUCAUAAUAACUAUUUGAAUAUGUCAUUGAUCAAACAAUCCACCAAUUUAUUAAAAUUGUAAAUGUCUCAUUCACAGCCCUUCCAGGUCUAUCUUUUUGCGUACCAUCCAAUUUCCGACUAAAAACAACAUGGCCUCUGUCUGGUAGUUUUUGAAAAGCAUUCUGGGAGAGGAAGUGAGAAAGAGAAACUGUAGGUCUUAGGCUAAAAAAGUUUGCCCUCUGCAGAACAAAAACAUCCAUCUUAAAGCCAGUACAGGAUUUGAAAAUGUUCAACUCUUAGCAGGUCAUAUCAAAAACGAGCCUGAGUUGGUCUGCAUGCAUGAAACAUGAAUUUUUCUAGAACCGAGUAACCAGAGUAACUAUUUUCACAUGCUACAUGCUACAUCCAUACAAAGCGGCUUUGACAGAUCAUCUGAGGAGUACAAAACAAAAAAAGCACCCCCAUAGAAGACCUGUUUCUGGCCUCUCCUGCUGUCGUGAGAGCGGCAGAAUAAAAAGCUGCAGACAUGUGACAUAACACCUACUUAGCCUCGUCCUCCGCCCCUCCUGCCUUCACCUGGAACUGCCCUCCAUCCUGUGCCAGAUCCACGGUGAACAGGGUUAGCACGAGGCCGUCAGACUCCCUGCCAGGUGAAUUAAACUCUCUAAGUACUGUCAUUGACACGCAAGCCACUGCCACACGAGUCCACCAAUCGCGUGACUUGACCAGACUCACUGGCUCUGCGCCCCGCCAAUCCGGCCUUUUGUAGUCAGCCAGGGCAGACUCUCUCCAGGGAUUGGAUAAUGCUUGAACCCCCCGCCCCCCGUCCCACCUGUGUCCAGCCUGUAAGCUAUGACCCUGUGGUGAAUAAGUGUGCCUGCCUGCGUGCGUGCGUGUGGAAAAGCCAGACUGACUCUUGCUGACUCUGCUGGUUAUCAUACUUGCCUUUUUUUUUUUAGAGACAGUAAGCAGAAAGUUGCUGAUCGGUCGGGGUUAAGUCGUGGAUUUAGAUGAGACAGGAGGUAUCUGGAGGUAUCCCAGCAUUCCCGGUCCUCAGCUGAGGAUUCUUUCCUGUCUGUCAGUGAGGGAUGCAAAGCCACAUCACUAUGGGUCAGCUGGGGGGGGGGGCAGACUCUGUCCUCUCCUCCCCUCUCCAUUUUUAAUCACUGUGCUACAAUGCAAUCCUAUACACACGUAAAGUACAAGUAUAUGACAAUACCAGUGUACAGUAUCAUUUGUUUUCUAAGUAUGUGAAGCUAUGGAGAGGACAUAGAUGUAACACUGUACCUAGGUCACAGAUCACUAUGUAUGGGGCGUUAUGCUUUUGCUCAUAACACCAUGUAAAAUGAAGAAUGAUUUAUUUUGUCCUUUUUUUUCUUCUCCAUUAUUUGAUUGUGUGUAUAAUUGACAUUAUUGUGUUUUUUUUCUUUGGUUUGCCACAAAAUGACCUUUUAUAUAUAUAUAAAAAAGAAUAUACCACAUUAUAUACAGUAUUAAAUUAAGCUGUUUUUUUAUUUUAAGAGAUCAAACUGGAUUUUUGGCUUAUGUCAAAUUUCUGCACAUCAGUUGUCCAUAUAAGCUGACAGGCUGACAGAGUCUACAACUCUGACAGCAUCAAAUAAUGCCAUUUUGUUUUCAGACUAUGUCUUUUGAAUAUCCCCUCUCCGUCUGUCUGGUUCCACUCAUUUACUCCCAGGACAAAACUCCAGUAAAUGAUGGCGAUCAACACACACACACACAUUAGUGGGUUUUCAUCGAGAGCACACACACCAACACCGAACCCAUGGGGAUAUUCUCAGCAGCUUUUGUACAAUUUUCAUCACAAGUAGAACAAUUAUACGCAGUAGCUCAAGAGGAUUGUGCAUUUCAAUAUGUCCAUUUACUCAGAUUUUAAGGUGCAUAACAAAGUUACUUAUUCUUUUUCUUAACUAAGCGUAUUCUUGCAGCAGGUGCCACUCACUGUGUUCUUUUACAGUCAGCUGUGAAUGUGAAACAUAAUCCUACUGGAAUAAAUCCUUAUGUCAGGUCUACGUCACAUACAGGUCCCAUCGACACAAGUGACUCACAGUGGAGGUGGAAGUGAAUCUGACUCGGUUAUGUUUCAUUUUUGGGUUGGAGUCAUCAUAAGCUGACGGCAAAUAAAUAUUUCAGGGAAAGAAAAAAAGAGCAAGUGAACCGAAUCUUUUUUUUUUUUUUUUUCUCAGAUCCCCUACUGUGCUUUGCUACAUUCUGUCUGUACGGCUCCUGGAUCUACAUUGUAUCCUGUUCAGGUAUUUUUGUACAAAUAAGGGACUGAUAUAUUCUGUGUUUAUUGGAAAUUAGAAUUAAAGACAACAUUGCUAUAAACCAAAA